GAAUGGAGGAGCUGAGCGCUGUGGGAGAGCAAGUUUUCGCAGCGGAAUGCAUUCUAAGAAAAAGACUGAGAAAGGGGAAGCUGGAGUACUUGGUGAAGUGGAGAGGAUGGUCUUCCAAACAUAAUAGCUGGGAGCCAGAAGAAAAUAUUCUUGAUCCGCGACUCCUGCUAGCUUUUCAAAGAAGCCAGCAAGAAAAAGAACUGCAAAAUCGUAAACGAGGCAAGAGGCCCAGAGGCAGGCCCCGCAAACAUGUGGAACAAGAAACCCCUCUUUCAUCAAAAUCAAGUAGUUCUUCGGAAGAUGAUGAGGAAGAUACGGAUGAUGAUGAGGACGAGGAGGAAAGUGAUGAUCCGACCCAGUCUGCAUCCCAGAGCAACGAUCGCAGGAAAGAUUUGGACUGCAUCCCUCCAAAACGGGCACAGACAGAAGUCAUCCAUAGUAAAGCAGACCUGAAAGACUCGUGUAAAAAGAAACGCACCAGCAAAGUAAUUCGCAGUGACCUUCGGAAGAACAUAAAAAUUAAAUCAGGAAAAGCAUUAAAAACACCUGGGAAUGAUACAAGUGGUGACUCUGGAACUGAUGAAUCAUCAAAAGAGAAACUAAGUAAACCAGAUGGAUCUGUAAGUGAAAAUAAUUCCAGAUCAGAAAAGAAUAACAUGGGGGAAUCUCUGAGUACCACAAGUGGAAUGCUAAAUUCGAGCAUCUUCAAUUCAUCAAAACCCAGCAAUCAAAGGGCAGCCUCGCAAACUGCAAAUCAUGCAGGAUUAGGGCAGCAUUCUUCCAGCAUACUUUCUGCCAGUUCAGUGGCAUUCACUAAAUCUGCCUGUGAACAGCAGUCUGUAAAUACACCAGUGUUAAAUCAACAAGGAACGAACGAGAAAAAUAAGGUUGGGUUAGUUAAAAAUCCCGGAAAUACUAAAAGCUCAAAUGAAUUAUGCAAAUCUGAAUCUGACUCAAAGAGCUUGAAUAUUCCUGCAACAAUGAAGACCAAUUCUACUGUUUGUAGUUCAGCUAAUCCAGGAACAAAUUCGCUGAAUCUAAACAGUCAAAGCUCGAACACCCUAGGUCGGAAUUUGCUGACUUCAACUUCUCAGAACGCUAACAAUUCAGGAUUAAACCUUCAUGCCUUAAACCUGCAGAGUAGCCAUAAGAUGGGAUUGAAUUCCAAGAAUGUGCCUAGUCCAGGAGUGAAUUCAUCAGGUUUGACUUCAAAGAACAACAUAAACAAUUUGUCAUUUGUGAUUUCCAGGAACUCAGCCGAAUUGAACACUCAUGCUGUUUCUAAUAAACUACUAAACUCACAGAGUGCCAACAGCCAGGCAGCGUGUGAGAGCAGUGGGAAUGGGGUCGAGAAGGAAAAUCAGACAAAAGAAGAUAAGGAGAUGACGGACACUGCGGUCCACCAUUCUGAUAACCGAAUCAGAGACAGCGACAAAAAGGAUGUUUCCUUGGAGAUAUCCAAACAGAGUGGCAGCGUGCCAACAGAACUGAGCACAGGUGAGGAGACGAUGAGCUCAGACUCGGAACAUGACUCUUCAUUUUCCAGCAUGGCUGCAAACCCAUCCAUUUCAGUCCAGACAAACCAAGACUGGAAACCCACUCGCAGCUUGAUCGAGCAUGUGUUUGUCACUGAUGUGACUGCCAAUCUGGUCACAGUGACGGUGAAGGAGAGUCCAACUAGCGUGGGCUUUUUCAAUAUCCGCCAUUAUUAGAGUUAUUGGAGGGGAGGAGGGGGAGAAAUAAACUCUAGCUAUCAAAUGGUAGUCUUCCACUAGAAAUCAAUUCUUUUCAUCUCAGUUUCUGUCAGCUCUUGAUUUGUUUUUGAUGGCUGUAAGUACAGUUUACAAUGACGCCCAAAAACUUUAUCAAACAAAAUUAGUGCAUUAAAUAGAAACUGACCCCUUUGAUAAUACACCUGUUUCUUUUAAAUACAGUAAGUAGCUUACUCAGUUUUCUAUCUCCACCAGACAUUUUUCCUUUAUAGUCCAACUUGAAUUCCUGCAAAAGAACAUCCUUAUUUCAGAGUCUUUUUGUAAAAUGAAGGUCAAAUGAUAAAGAACAAAUGAAUGGUUUGUAUUGAUGCCAGAGGACAUGAAACCUGGGGAGAUAAGUUAUGAAAAAUGUCCAUGAUGCAGUGACACAUUCUGAGAAGGAAGUCAGCAUGAGAAACUUUAUAAAUACAGAAGGAAAGAUUAAUUGGAAAAACAGUGUCGCUUAUUGCUGAAACAAUUCAAGGUUUUGUUUGUUAUCAGAAAAUUAGAGGAAGUUAUAAAUCCUGGAAAAAAAUGUAUAUGCCUUACUAGCAGUAAAAGGGUUAUUGUUGCCUGGGUUGUAGAAAGUCAAAGCCCCUGGUUGUUAUUUACCCUGCCAUCAGUAGAGCAGAGCAUAACCCAUAGUUGUUUCAGUUUGCAUUAUUAAAAUUGUCUGCAGAAUCACAGAAUGGGAGGUCAGUUUUUAGAAUGAUUGUGCACAGCAGAAGCUCCUGUUGAAUUACUUCAGUUUGGACAGAAACAUAUUGUUCAGUAAUUGAUGUAGGCAAUUAAGCAGAGCAUACACAAAGGUUUUAGUUAAAAUUCCAUACAUACUAGUGCUCAUGAGCACUUUGCAUAUGCUUCAUUUUGUUUUAAUUCAUAACCAUUUUAAGGCUCUGUUUAAGACACUCUUAAAGAUAUUUUUUUAAAAAAUCCACCUCCAGUGUAUGAAAUAGUGACAUUUAAGUUGGUUUUAUUUGGCAGAAUGGUAUCGCAAAUAAUUUAAAUAGUGGGAUAAAAUAUCAGCCUUUCCAUCUUUGGGCAGAUAUUUAACCAUUCUGAAUCUUUUCAAUUUUCUCACAAUGCUAAAUGACUAGAUUGUAACAUUAUAUUGCACUCUGCAUACACCUCAUUCUUUUCAACCCUAACACUAUCCCACACAUCUGUUGUGGACUUGCACAAUGGGAAGUUAGUUAAAUAGCCACUACAGAGAUGGAGUCAACCACCAAAGUUUGUACCCAUGACUGUCAUGCUAUGAAAUAAAUCAUAGAGGCAGGAAGAGAUCUUUCAAUUCUUAUAACAUGUCGAUUAUUCAUUUAGGUUAUGAUUUAUCCGUAUCUCAACUCUUGUCACUUGACAGUUCUACCUUUAUUUGGCAAUCUCAGUAAUGAAAAUUUCAGUUGACCUUCUCUGCAGCUCUUUUUGGAGUGGGUACAGUAACAGAGAAGAGAACUACACAUUUUUGACUACACAGUAUGGGGGAAAAAAGUUCUCCUUGACUUUAUUCCUGAGUGGUUUAACUCUAGUUCUUGUCCAUUCUUGUUUUCAAGUUCACUUAUUGUCAUCUGACUGUACAACCAAAUCAAUGUUCCUCCGGACCACAGUGCACCCACAAAACAUAUCACACUGAGCACACAAAACAAAAUAUUACCACUAAUAAAUUAAUGAAAUAUAAUUCAAAGUGCAUGUAGUGCACAGAGCAGGUAAACAAUAAACAUUUCAGUAAAUAGUUCACUGUCCUAGUAACAAGACCUUGGUGGCAGCAAGGUAUUCAUUAGUCUCACAACCUGAGGAGAGAAGCUGUUUGUCUGGCAGUCCUAGUCUUGACGCUCCUGUACCUCCUUCCUGUCAGUAGUGGGUCGAAGAGAUUGUGGGAUGGGUGGUAGGGAUCCUUACCAAUCCUUCGGACUUUUCAUAUAACAACACUCCAGUAAAUGUCACAAAUAGAGGGAAGGAAGAGCCCAGUUAAACACUUGGCAGUUUUUACUAUCCUUUUUAUGGUCUUGCGGUCUGAUGCCUUGCUUUCGUACCACACAAUGAUGCAGCCAGACAGGACACUCUCGGUGCUCCUGUAGAAAGUUGUUAGAAUGGGGACGAAGCCUUGCAUGUCUCAAUCUCCUCAGAAAGUGUAGACUCUGCUGUGCCUUCUUGAAAAAUGAGAAGGUGUUGGUCUGGGUUAGAUCAUCCGUUACAUGCUUCCCACCAAACCUUUCCAACUUAUUAAAACCUGUUAAUAUUUUAUUGUUUUAACUACCUCAAAUCAGAUUACCUUUCAAUAUUAGAUCAAAAUUUUCAUAUGCCCCAACAUCAUUUUGGUGAAUCUUUCUUAUCGUGCCCACCCACUGAGAUGGUAUGCCCAAAGCUGAAUGCAAUAUUCCCAGAUAGGACCUGACUAAUCAUCUGCACAUCUACGUCCAAUAGUCCAUUCCACUUUUUUAUUACUAUUAGUACAAUUUUUUGAAUUAAAUAACUCUCUGUCCCGCUAAUAAUUAAGUGGGUAAGGUACUACUAGAUUGUGCAUGAUUAUAAAAUCUCAGCUGACCAAAGGGAGAGAACAAAAAUGAGAAGGAAGACUAAUGUUUCUUUCUAUUAAGGUCUUGGAUAGCUGUAGACUUGAUAUUUAGGCUAACUCUCAGCAGUAGGUUCAGCAUUAACUUAAUUUUUAUAAAAUUCAAAUGUGUAUCAAAGAACUACUGUGAAAUUGUUUUUGUACUCAAGAUUUCUCAAAGAAGCAAAAUGUAGGUAAAUAAAAACAGUCAU